UUUAUUAUCUUGUGUGGCCAUGUGGGUUCGUGGCUUCUUCCCCUCUACUCCAAGUCUCAUCCUAGUAACGUUUGCCACUGUCACAGAACAGAAGCAUUCCACAAAUUACAAUACUAAACUGCUCCCCAAAUUUGAUGUUCAUCAUUCAUGGCCAGAUUGAUCUUUAACAAUCUAAUAGUAUACCUGUAAUUUAAUCCCCCUAUUCAACAAUCAUGUCAGCCCUCAGCCAAUCUUCCUGGCUUUGUUCUCUUCACACUACCAAAAUCAUACAACCCACCAAAAAAUCUAUCCUUUUUCACCCCACAAUCCCUAAAAUUAUCCCAUAUAAACCCCUAAAAGUCUCUUCUUUUACUGUAAACAAUUCCAAAAAUGAAUUUUUUUUGCCACCCAGUUCCUCAAAUGAACCAGAAGAAAGUGCAGAAGAAUCUAAAUCAGACCGAGUUAAACUUGCACUUGAGAAAGCUAAAGAGUAUAGAAAGUCAUUGAAGUUGGAUAAAAAUGAAGAAAGUAGUGAAUACCCAGUUGAUAAAACUGUUGAAAUUGUAAGUGGGAAUGGUGGGUUGGUUUCUGAAGAUGAAGAUGGAAAAUCAAAGGAGGUUUCUCAAGCUGUUAGGAUUGCAGUGGAGAAGGUUAAAGAGUAUCAGCAGAACAAAGAUAUUGUGGGUUUUGGCAAAAAUGAUGUUGAAAAUGAGAAUUUGGCAGGGGAGGGAAAUGAUGGAGAAAAGGCGAUCCCUGAAGCUGUUAAAAGGGCAAUGGAGAAGGCAAAAGAGUACCAAAAGAACAAAGAAGUAGUGAGCAAUGACAUUCGCAAUGUGGAGAGUGCAAAUCUGCCAGUGGAGGAAUCCAAGGAGUAUGAGAAGAAUAAUGGAAAAGUGGGUGACAACAAAAGCAAUAAGGAGAAUGAGCAGUUUCCUGGUGAUGUAAAAGGUGGAGAUGUGGAGAUUCCAAAACCUGUUAAAAUUGCAAUGGGGAAAGCUCAAGAGUAUAAGAAGAACAAAGGAUUGGAGGGAGGAACUGCAGGUAAUUUAGCAAAUGGAAGUAUUGAACAGAACACUGAAAAAAAGGGUGAUCUUAAAAUUUCCAACAUCGAUUUUGUUGGCCUAAAUUUUGCCGACAAGAAGAAAAGCAAAGGACUACCAGCUGGUCUGGUUCCAGUCGCAGACCCUUUUUCAUAUGAUGACUUGCCUGACGUGGAAAUCAUUGUUGGUGAUGCCAGUAAUUUUGGAAAUUCAGCAUCAUCAGAAUCUAAGACAUCUUUGGAAGAAGACAGUUCUGAUCUCUAUAAGCCAAAGGUUUCUACAUGGGGCAUGUUCCCAAGACCCAACGAUAUUUCCAAAACGUAUGGUGGUGGUAGAACUAUUCGUCCUGGAGAUGCACUUGAAACUGCGGAGGAUAAAGCUGCUAAAGAGGCUCGUUCCCGACAAUUGAUUGCUGCUUACAAGCGUAAGUUUGGAUUAAACAUGGAUCCCAAGUUAAAAGCAGAAUGUGAGAAGGCAUUGAAAGAUGGUGAUUCACUGAUGGACAGAGGAAGGCUGAAAGAGGCACUACCAUAUUAUCAAACAGUUAUGGAUAAGCUGGCUUUCCAGACUCAGCUUCAUGGUUUAGCUGCUUUGCAGUGGUCAAUUUGUCAAGAUUCACUUACUAGGCCUGAAGAAGCGCGAGUUAUGUACGAGAAGCUUCAGUCACACCCUAAUGCUGAAGUUAGCAAAAAGGCAAGACAGUUCAUGUUUAGCUUCCAGGCGAUGGAGAUGUUGAAAGUUAAUAAAUCAACUGUUCCACCCAAAAGUACUGGCUACAGUAGCUAUUUUGAAGCUUUUGUUGGAGAUGAAGCAAACUAUACUCCGGAAAGCACGGAAGAAAAGGAAGAUUCCCUUAGUCAAGCUCUUCUGUAUAUUGUCUUUCUCGCUUCUCCGAUUUUAUUGGUACUGCUAUUUGUAGCCAUGAAGAAGGUAUAGAGUUUGAAGGUUGGUUAACCAAGCUUGCCUGGAACACGUCUUCACUCCUCAAUGGUUCUUUUCGUGUACAUCUUUGUCUAUCUAGAUCAUCCAGCAAAGAAAAAAUUGUUCAUCAGUUCCUACACUAGAUAUGUUCCUAUGAAGUUCAUCAUUUACAUAGAAAGCGUAAUUCUUGAUGAGAUUUCAGUCUUUCACUAUAUAUUGUUGACAUGAAAUGCCGUUUUGUUCCCUGAUAUUGUCCUUGCUGAUAUGGAAAUUGUACAGAAUCCACACUGUUUACAGGAAAUUUCUUUAGCUUA